AUGCCAGGAAGAGUUCGCAAGCGGUCCCCCCUCAAGCCACCGGAGCGGCCAUAUAUCGCCCUUGGUCUGGAGGGCUCCGCGAACAAGCUGGGCGCAGGGAUCAUCAGACACGACCCCGACGGCUCAACGAUUGUGAUGUCUAACGUCAGACACACCUACAUAACACCCCCGGGCGAAGGUUUCCUCCCGCGAGAUACAGCGCAGCACCACCGGGACUGGGCCUUGACCGUAAUCAACGAUGCGCUCAAGAAAGCGGCGACAUCCUUGCAUGAUAUCGACUGCAUUUGUUAUACCAAGGGCCCGGGAAUGGGCGCACCUCUCACAUCUGUCGCGUUAGUGGCGCGGACACUCUCCCUAUUGUAUAGCAAGCCGCUCGUUGGUGUCAACCACUGUGUGGGCGUGCACAUAGAAAUGGGCCGCCAGAUCACCGGCGCGCAAAACCCAGUGGUGCUGUACGUGUCCGGGGGGAAUACGCAGGUGAUUGCAUAUCGCAGCAGUGCUAUCGGAUCUUUGGCGAAACGCUCGACAUCGCCGUGGGCAAUUGCUGGAUCGCUUUGCGCGGUCAUCAAUCUGAGUAAUGACCCGAGCCCGGGAUACAACAUCGAGCAGGAGGCCAAAAAGGGAAAGCGUCUGCUGCCACUGCCAUACGCAACGAAAGGAAUGGACGUGAGUUUAUCGGGCAUCCUUACGUCGACAGAGGCGUAUACUCUGGAUAAACGCUUCCGAUCCAACGGCCCCUCUGAGGGUGACAGCGAAGACAUCAUAACGCCUCAAGAUCUCUGUUUUUCUCUGCAAGAGACUGUUUUCGCCAUGCUGGUUGAGAUCACCGAGCGCGCGAUGGCCCACAUCGGCAGCAAGGAAGUUCUUAUUGUGGGCGGUGUUGGGUGUAAUGAGCGGCUGCAGGAGAUGAUGGGCGUCAUGUCGAAGGAGCGCGGUGGACAAGUCUUCGCCACAGAUGAGCGGUUCUGCAUCGAUAAUGGCAUUAUGAUCGCUCAGGCUGGUCUGCUCAGCUACCGCAUGGGCUUCCAGACACCACUUAGUAAGAGCACAUGCACGCAGAGAUUCCGCACGGACGAGGUGCAUGUAGCAUGGCGGGCGUAA